AAGAGGCUCAAAAAAGACUGGACCAUUGCAAAUCAAGUAGUCAUAUGAAGCAGUAGACAACUUUUACCACGGUUCUCUUCAUUUACCCUUGAGUAAACUGAUACUAGUUGUCAUACAUUAGACAGCGUGAGGGAUUCAGCACUGGAGCUGUCCAGGGUUCCGCGCCUUUGUACUCGCGCUUCAUUAAACCACGUUGUUUUUCUUGAACUGCGGAAUAUUUGCUUGAGGAGAUUUCACACAACACCAGGCUGAACCCUUACGGUCAGAGACGCACACCCUUCAUUGACGAAAGCGAAGCCUUGAAAUGACUGUUUGCAGUGCGUAAGAGGAACAGAAGAAAUCGAGUCUGAAGUCCCGGAGCAAAACCCGAUUUCAUCCCAGCCAUGGGUGUGCUGAUGUCCAAGAAACAGCAGGUGGAGAAGGUGCAGAAGUGCAACGCGGUGGUGUCAGCCUUUCAACAAGGUUUGAAGGACCGAGUGCCUCAAGCCUCUGCAGGUCACACCGAAGAGAUUGUGACUGAGAAUGGUGAUGGAUCUGCAGAGGGAUCGCAUCAGCCUAACACAGAUCAUGCUGAACAGAAAGAAAAGGACAAGACAGGGUCUUUAUCUACUCAGCAGGCCUCGGCCCCAUCUAAAGAGGAGAAUAAGGCCAAUCAGGAGGCUUGGGGGCGUCUCAGAGAUGGGAAGGGGGUGGAGCCAGAGGACCUAAAGAAGUCACAUCAGCUCACUCCUCCAGCGUUUGUGCGGCCGAAGAGAGACGUCAACGACGACCAGCCAGUAGAUGUUCCACUUGGGCAAAGAGAACAGCCCGUCAACGAUGAGAUGUGCGACGUGUGUGAGGUUUGGACAGCCGAUGAUCUGUUCCCCUGCCGGAUGUGUACGCGGGUUUUUCAUGACGGCUGUCUGCGGGAGAUGGGUUACCUGAGUACAGAAGCCCUGCAGGAGAUGAGAGAAUCUGCUCACACCACCAGCGGCUGGAGCUGCUAUUACUGCGAUAAUGUGAACUUGCUGCUCACAGAAGAGGAGAUGUACAGUCUAAUGGAGACUUUCAAGCAGUGCAAGAUCAUUCCAGAAUCAUGCCUGGUAUCAGAUGAACUCCUGCAAUACAGGCACUUUGUGACCAAGCAGCUCUUUGACAGAGAUUUGACUGAUGAGGAGGAAGAGGAGGUGCUGGCCCAGUUUGCAGCUCUAGAUCCAGAGAAAAAGGGCCAGAUCGAGUGGUCUGACUUUCUUUACCAUGAGUCACUUUCAGUCCUGCAAAAAUUUCGCACUGAGAAUUCGCUGGUAAGAAUUCUCACAGCGAAGGAGAGGGACCGGGCGCGAGCUGUUUUUCAGAGUCUGGAUCAGGACAAAGAUGGAAUCAUCACUGUUGGAGAAGCCAAACGGGCCCAAACCUCCUGGUUUCACAAGAUGAACAAAGACUCACAGUCUUGCAAUGUCAGGCUUACAGGAUUGUGUUUCCCUUGCAAUGUGGGCAUCAGUCAUGUAGGUCCAAUAUCUGAGAGCAGUCCAGCGAGCUCCAGCAGUGAGAGAAGCAGAGAUAAAGCCAUGGAAAAUGACAACAGACCGUUUACCUGGGACAACUUCCUAAGGCAAAGCGCCAUUUACAUCUUGGCCGCCAGGCCCAACAGCUCAGCCAUGCACAUCCGUCUGCCUCUCUAACCACUGCCCCAAUGCCUAAUACUUCAAGAUGGGCUAGAGGAAACUGUCUAGGUCCGGUUUUAAGAGACACGGGUGCUCAGAACUUAUUGCCCGACACCACGAGAGUAAAAGCAAAAAGACAUUCAAAGAACGUACAAGCCAUGACCGGAUUCUCCCUCCAAUGACGCUUGAACCUUAGUACAUCUGUCACCACUUCAGAAUUGAGGUUUUAGAAGCUGUACGCUUUUGUUUUUGUGACCAAGAUGGACAAAAACAUGUUUACCCUUUAACAGAGAAAUGCACCACACUGUUUGCUUAUAGUGUUUUUGGCAUUAGUCGUAUUCAAAUUGUGGCUGUAGCCAAUCAGCUUGCAGGAUCAACGUGAGAUCAAUGGUUGCAUCAUCUAAUUUCACAUCUAAUGUCUGUCAUCACAAAAUCUAAAUAUAGUGAGAAUAUAGAGAUUAAAAGAGAAAAAUGCUAUAUAGAUACUAUACAAAGUCUAUAAAUAUAUUUCAUACAAUAUAUAUACAGGAUAUUGUAUGCAUAUUUAUUCCCAUUGCUUUAAGGAUGGAUUACUGCCUAGGCCACUGGGAAGGUUCAAAGAGGCCUGAAAACAACCUAAAAACAAGGCACUACUAGGAAAAAAAUGAUAUUGAUGGAUAAAAUGUGCUUAAAUGUGUGAAUAGUGCAUAAUUAAAGUUUUAUUAUCAACCUGAUAUUUGCAAAAUAUUAAACUAGAAUUGGUUAAAUACAUUUUUUAUAUUUUAGGGCAAAGUUCUUGAAUAUUAAAAGAUUGAUUUAUUAAAUAUUUCUGGGUCUGGAAUAAAUGUAACUCCUGUAGAUGUGUAAUGAUUCAAAUAGAUCUUCCAAAAACAUUCUCUUUUGUGGUUAUUUAAAGGCAAGACAAUAUGUUAAUGAUCAGGUUUUGAACUUACUGCCUGUAUAACACUGAUCUUUUCUUCCUUCCAUGUAUUUUUGCAUUAGAAUCAUGUUGAAUUUGUUCUUAGAUGUGGUGCAGAUAAGACAAAACCGUUAAAGGUGCAGUGUGUAAAUUUUAGUGGCAUCUAGUGGUGAGGUUGUGAAUUGCAACCAACGGCUCAGUCCACUGCUCACCCCUGGCUUUUGAAACACAUAGAGAAGCUACUGUAGCCACCACCGGACAAACAUGUCAUCGUCGGAGACAACUUAAUAAAAAAAGUUUGUCCGUUAAGGGCUUCUGUAGAAACAUGGCGGCCCAAAAUGGCGACUUCCAUGUAAGGGGACCCUCUGUGUAUGUAGAAAAAAACAUCUCAUUCUAAGGUAAUAAACACAUAACGGUUCAUUAUAAAAGGUCUUUAUACACAUUUGAUAAUAUAGUUUUGUAUAUUAUUUUGCAUUUCUGUCAAGAGAUCCCUUUAAAAUUUACACACUGCACCUUUAAUACCUAAAACCGUUUCAUUCUUAGGCAGAAAUAUACACACUCCUGUAAAAUAGCACUUCGGUUUACACUCAAUAUAUCAAACUGUAUGGGGGUAUGUAACAUCAUAUCAAUGUUUACGUAUACGGUCAUAUCCACUGUAUUUGCUGAUUUUAUAUUGCUCAAGGCAGUUAUUUCAAGGGACUGUGCAAUACUCCUAAGUUUUGCUGGUAGUGCUGGAAAUAAAUGCAUGACGUUAACUCCAAAAAUAAGA